AUGGGUGCAAGUUUUUGUGAAAAUACCACUCUCCACGGACUGCGGUACGUGUACGGAGAUGAGCGUUUGCGACAGGGAGGUAUGCUUCGCAUGCUCUGGCUACUGGUGUGCCUGAUCAGCAUUGGCUUCACGACCGUCAUGGGUAUGAUCGCUUGGGUGCGCUUCCGCACUACCCCGACGAUAACGACGAUCGAAACGAUGACCUACCCGAUCUGGAAGAUACCCUUUCCGGCCGUUACCGUUUGCAACAUCAACAAGAUCGACAAAGAGAAAGCGACUGCCAUCAUCGAACGACUUGUGAACGAGUUUGGUUUCAGCAGAAAAAACGCCACCGAACUGCUGGUGGCACAGGCCAGUUUGAUCAACUUCGAGGAGGUGGAUCAUAGCUUCGUGGAGCUAGAAAUGUUUUUGGGUCGUAUGGGUUGGAAUCCGGUGUCGAUGCUGCUCGAGUUAAGCCAACCCUGUGGGGAUCUCAUCAAGGUGUGCUACUGGCUGGGAACGGAAGUACCCUGUUCGACGAUAAUACGACGAACGAGAACCGACAACGGUUAUUGUUGCUCGUACAAUGUGGACGAGACGAUGGAACCGUUGAUUGCGUUGGGCAAUCCAAACAUCUCUCGGCUGCCUAACCAGGGAUACCGCCCAAAACAACUCUCCGGCGCUGGCCGUCAUGUUGGAUUGUCGCUUUUGAUCGAUGUACAACCGGAUACCUACAUGGCCCCAACGAAAUCCUUUUACGGCGCUGAGGUGUACGUGCACGAUUCUCACGAUUUUCCCUCCGAUGCUGAUUACGAGCAUGUGUUGCAACCGGGCUGGGAUGUGGCCAUGUCCGUGGUACCGCUACCGAUCGAGAGCAGCAGCACGAUGCGGCAGGUGCCAGAGGAGAUGCGAAAUUGUUUUCUGGCCGAUGAGGAUGACGAUGCGGUGUGGACUCAGCACUUCAACCUGAACGUGUGCCUGGCCGAAUGUCGUCUCCGAACCAUCAUCAAACUGUGCAACUGUGUACCCUUCUACUAUGUCGAUAUGAAUAUUGAAGAAUCGAAAAAUGUGACCGUCUGUGCUCUUUUCAACUCGAGAUGCCUGCGAUUUUUCAGAAGAUAUUUCUACAGUCUGCAGCCGGACAUGGGAUCGGAUGGCGAUGUUUCAGAGUUUAAAUUUGGUAUGGCUUGCGAUUGCAAACCACCCUGCUCAGUGUUGAACUACAAUGUGCAAACGAUUGCGAGCCAGCGGCAGUCCAACAGCCUUACUUCGGCCAAUUACGGUGGUAGAAAUGUCUCCCAGUACGCCACACUGAACGUACACUUCAAGGACCUGUAUUGCGUCAAAUACAAACGGGACGCCUACAUGACCUGGGACUCACUGGUGGCCACGUUCGGUGGCAUCUUUGGGCUGUGCAUGGGCGGCUCCGUUCUGAGUAUGGUAGAGCUGCUGUACUACUUCACCGUCAAACCAUUCACUGUGUACCAGGAAAAGAUGAAACGGAAGCGCAACGAACGUCCGCCGAUACCGCCGGCACGACGAGUGAUCGUUCGUCCUUAUGUGUCUCCGUUCGAUAAACAGCGCUACCCAAUGGGUCAGUUGGCCCGGGGUCGACCACGUGAAAAGAACAUAGUACGCCAAUCCGGCUCGUUGCGAGCAGCUUUUAAGGAUGUCGACACAGCCAACCCGCAGAUUCAUGAUCUGACUUUCAUAUUCUGA